AUGAAUCCCCACUACCAUCCGUACUCGGAUCUGUCCUCGCCCCACUCGCCCAGCCCGGAUAACGCCGGCAGCUACUCGCAGCUGACCCCGCACCACAAUGGUCACGGUGGCGGCGGCGGUGGUGGCGGUGGCCCCAACUCCAUGGUCAGCCAGAUGGACGGCCAGCAAGGAUUCCAUCAGAUGAACAGCGGCAACGGCGGUGGCCCCGUUAAGCACUGUGCGGGAUGUGGUGGCAAAAUCACGGAACGCUUCUUCCUGCACGCCCUCGAUCGGUAUUGGCACAACUCCUGCCUGAAAUGCUCCUGCUGCGGCGCGAUGCUGGCCGACAUCGGUUCCAGUUGCUACACCCGCAGCGGCAUGAUCCUCUGCAAAGCGGACUAUUCGAGGCUCUUCGGAAGUGGGGCGUGUUCCGCCUGCCACCAGACGAUACCCGCCAACGAGUUCGUGAUGCGGACGACGUCCCACACGACGAUAAACAACAACCUGAAUGCCGCCGCCAACAACAACAACCAAAACGGGGCCGCCAACAACAACAACAACAACAACAACGGCCAGUCGGUGCCGCAGCACCACGUGUUUCACCUGAAGUGCUUCCAGUGCUCGAAGUGCGGCAGCCACCUGGUGCAGGGCGACCGGUACUACAUGCUGGGGGGCAGCCUGGUGUGCGAACCGGACUGGCACAAGCUGGUGAAGACGACCAACAACGCGACGAACCCGCCGCUGCGCAAGGGCAAGGUGGGCCGACCGCGGCGCUCGCGGGACUGA